GAUGCCGUUUUGGGGAGAUUCAAGCAAGGAACAUUUCAAAGCAAAAUUAGAGCAUAAAAUGUGCAUUGCUAAAGAAACCCCAGAAUCUGAUUUUGAUUUAUCUGAUUGUAAUUUGAGUGAGAUUCCUUCAGGUGUAUUUUCCAUGUGCAGAGUUUUUUUGAAGAAGUCUCUUCUUUUACAAAGUAAUCAACUUACAAGCCUACGUGGUGGUGGAUCAUUAAAAGAUCUUAACCAGUUACUGGUGCUUAAUCUUAAGGAUAACAAAAUAGCUUCUUUACCCGAAGAUUUUUCUUACCUAGCUUCUUUACAGGAAUUGAAUCUCGAGAAUAAUCGUUUGAAAAAGUUACCUAUUUCAUUUAGCAGAUUAGCAAAUCUUCGUUGUCUGAAUUUAAAAAAUAACAAGUUAACAGCUUUCCCUGAGCAGAUUUGUUCGCUGACAUCAUUAGAAGAUUUAAAUUUACUUUGUAAUUCCAAAAUUAAAUUGCUACCGCAAGCUAUUUGUAAUUUGCAUCAACUUAAAUCUUUUGAUAUUGAUACAAACAGUAUACUUUAUCCACCAAAUGAAGUGUGCAAUAAUGGGCUUGAAUGUAUUAUGAAAUUUUUUUGUGAUGAAAUGGGAAAAGAGUAUUCUGCGAUAAAAUAUGAAGUGCCACAAAAGCAAACUGAUGAUGAAAGCUCAAAUCCUGAUAGUGAAUCAUCAGAUUUAUCUGCACCUUAUCUUCAGUACCAAAGAGCAAAGGAGCAGCGUCAAAAAGAUCUCAUUCUUAUGGAAGAAGCUCUUAAAGAAAAUUCUGCCGUUCAGUCUACAUCAUCUGUAAAUGCAAGUUCAAGGAGACAAAAACUACUCGAAGACAUUGUGCAGGAACAAGAGAGAAUGGAAGGAGAAAUAAUGCUAUUACAAAAUAAAAAGGAAAAAGAAAAGCAAAACCUGCUGUCAAUCCUUGCAAAUGUUGAAAAUCACUCAGCACAAUUGAUAGAACAACUUAUGAUUUUGAACGAUCGAACAAAAAAUAUUGAUAAAAUGUUAGCAGUUUUGGAAAAAGACAGGUUAGAAAAUGAGGAAAUGUUCACAGUCAAGCAGGAAGAAUUGGAACAGUUGCGAAAGAAAGAAGUUUUAGAGGCAAUGACAGAAAUGCUUCGGCAAGAAGAAAAGCACCGGAAGUAUGAAAUAGAAAAGGACAGUAUUGCAGCUGAACUUCAGAAUAAUGAAAAUGAGAGCAACUUGAAAUUAUUAAAUAUUUUCCAAGAAAGAGAAAUUGAUCAACAGAUUCUUAUAAACAGCCUUUUGGAGCAGGAACAAUAUCAAAAAGAAGCGUUUGAAGCUCUUCAAUUGCAAAAAGACUUGAGGCAUCAAGAUAUUAUUCACCAGAUUCAUUUAAUUGAAAAGGAACUCUCUGGGCUUACGCAUGCAGAAAUUAAAAAGAGGAAUUUAAAAAUUGAUUCAGAAGUGAAUUCCUUGGCAGAACACAGAACAGCUCUAGCAUACUUGUUAACGGAGCUUCUGUCUGCAAAAGAGCAACGAGAAAAACAACUACGAGAUAGACUUCAACAAAUGGAAUUGAAGAGAGCUGAUGAAAUGAAAGAUUUUUGGCUGAUUCAGUAUCAAAAACUUCUAGAUAGUAAACCUAAAGGUGUUGUGGAUGCUGAAUUGGAAAUGGAUCCAGAUGUUAAAAGAGCCUUAAUGAAUGCUUUGGCAGUGGAUUACUUGCCUUUAUUUGCUGUCAAAAGGAUUACCUUUUCUGAAUUGCUUACCUUUACUGCUCAAGACUUAAAAAAUAUAGGUGUCCUUGAUGAAUCGGCAUGUUUGAGGAUCUUAGGAGAAACACAAGGAAUUCAGAGAAAGAACGAAAGAGGUGAUUUUCCAUUGUUUAAAGAAGGUAUCACUCCCGAACCAUCGGCACCGCCUGUUUCUGAUCCAAGUUCACCGGAGCUUUCAGAAUCAUCAACACCAUCUGCGGCAGAAUUUCUUGAAGGGGUUCAACCAUCUGCACCUUUGUUAUCUCCUGAUAGUGAAAUUAAGCUUUGGCGUCAAGCUGAAUGUGUCGUUUGCAUGGAUGUACAAAGUACUGCUGUCUUCUUGCCAUGUGGACAUGUGUGCUGCUGCCAAAAUUGUUCAAGUACAAUUUCACUAUGUCCUAUGUGCCGCACUGCUGUCGCUUCGAGGUUCAUACUCACUAUGUGCUAAGUUUUAAACAGCCUUUUGCCAUAAAAUGGAGAAAUAAAUCACAGCUAUGUGCCUUCAAGUUUAUAUAUGCAAAGAAUGUCUCUAGCAGCCUAUCUAGGGUAUGGCAGGUAGAGCAGAUGCCCUAAGGGCUGCUUGAAAGCGGAUCCAAAAAGCACACUUCUUGCUAUGCACUUGGUAUAAUUAACUGUCCUUUGAAUUUCAACUUCAAUAGCAUAUUGAACGAGAUUUCUAGUCAUGCACUACAAAGUAGCCCCAGAGUUAAGCAGUGAGUAAUGCCGAUUACAAGGAAAAAAAAAACUGAUUUUUCUGCCAUGGGUGCCAAAUACCAUAGGUAUGCUUCUGAAUAUUCUCAUAUCAAGCUAAUGUUGGUGAUUGAAUUACGCAUAUUGUGAACGGCACCUUUGUAUUGCAUUAUGCAAGCAGAGCAUCUCACAAAAAAAAAAAAAAAACUAAGAAAUUUAAGUUCAAUACAAAGGAACAAAUUAUGAUUUAUUACAUUGAUAAAAUUAUUUUGCAGUGAUGUAGUUUACACCAAUAUAUUUUCAAAAUUUAAUAGUAUGUUCAGGUCAAGGUUGAUUGCUAUUUAAAGUAUGGCCCAAGUUAAAGUAUGGCUUAAGUACAUUUAUUACAGGGCUUGAUCUUGCCAUCCCUUCAAGUUCUGUCAAGCUUUGAAACAGGCCUGACAUUUAGGGGGGUCAGGAGGGGGAAAUUGACCCUCCCCUGACUUUGAAAACUAAUUCCAUAUAAGUGGGCGUGUUUUUUAGUUGUUUUUCGGUAUAAUAUGCAUUGAGUAUAUGCCCUUUAACACCUCCUCCUGGAAAAAUUUUAAAUGAUGGGCCUGCUUAGAAAUAGAUAUGUACAAAAUAAGUUUUAAUCUCACCCCUGGCCCCAUUGUUGCUGGGCCCGUAGGCUCCUCCAUGUGGGGGCCAUGACUUAAAGUAAAAAAUCCUAAAACUUGCUGAGAUAAUUAAAUAUCAGCUAUCAGUCGGAUAUAGUGCCAUAACUGUUCUAAAUUAGAGAAAAUAAAGUCAAUGUGUUUUCUGCUCUGCAAAAUUGAACAAUAUAUUUUGUUUGAAUGUUUAAAUGUUAUUUUAAAUUAAACUCUAAAAACAAGCACAUUUUUGUUCCUGAAUUAUUUAAAUUCUUAAACAAUAUUAUUAUUCUAGAUAGUUUUAAACUCAUUAAAAAGGGUUGAAGGCUUCAGGCACUUUUUUUAAUCAAAAAAAUAUUGACGGUAAAUGAAUUGUGACCGUACAACUAAAAAGAGAAUCAUUCAGCAAAAUUACUCAUAAAACUAGUAGACUGAGGCACAUUCCAUACUACUCAAGGAAAUAAAGAUUACAUUGUUUUUGUUUGAAACAUUCCAAGAAUUUAAAAGUGAAAGAAAUACCUUUAUUUUACCUAUUAUUUGAAAAAAAAAAAUGUGCCCUGUCUAAUGGGUUGAAACUGAAAUGCUAUACAUUCUUCACAAAUUAAAAGAAAAAGUUUAUAAGUCAGAAAACUAGCAGUUAUCCUCUUUCCUUUACAAUCAAAAUGAACAAAAUCCAUUAUAACACAGAGUUGUGAAGGCAUGGAACAAAAUAAAACAUGAUGGAAUAAAGAAAGAGUUUUGUACAUCAAAGAGGACUGCUUGUGCAUAUUUAAAAAUGUAACCUGGUAAAUGUAAAUGCUAGAAAUAAUUAACUCUUAAAGGAAAACAUUCCCCUAUAUGGCAAUUUGAAAAAUGUACACUUCUUUUAAAAAUGUUGCUGUAAAAUUAUUUUAAAAAUAAAGUAUGAAAAUCAAAGGAAAAACCCAACAGGAAAUUAUUGACUGAAUUCUUCAUUUUUGUGAUUAGAAAAAUUUUCUAUCAUGAAGUCAAAUAAAAGAGAUAAAGGAUAAGGGAUUUGCAAUAUGCUCAAGUAGAGUAGUGUCCUAAUGCUCACUAACAGAUAUACAGUAGACCCUCAUUUUGCGCGGGGGUUACAUUCCAUGGAAAUGCCGCGUAAAUCGAAACCACGUAAAUUGAGACCUAAUACUAGUGUUAAAAUAGGGAUUUGGUUCCGUAGAUAACAAAAUACUUCAUUCUAGUGAUGACUAAUUGCAUAAUAAGUUUAAUGUGUACUUAUAUCGACUUUUAUGCACAACAUUCAUAAAGAAAACAUAUAUUAAUUUCGUGUUCUGUUUAUAAAGAGAAGCUGGCUAUGAUAGUCUUUUGGCAGUCAUUAAGAAUUUUUCUCUGUAAUUCUUCGCAGAGCAUUAACGCAUCCAUGAUCACUUGCAUCAUUUCCAUAAUAAUCUUCCUUCCCUAACAAAUCAGAAAGAUCAUUUCUAUUAUCUAGGAAUGGCUCAAAAUUUUCAAUGCAAACUUUUUUGAUUUGUGCGUCAACGUCGGUAUCCUCAUUGGUUUUAGCUUCCUUUGGCAUUCCUAAAAGCUCUUCUUCCAGUGAGUUCUGAACUGUGUGAGUUUAAUAACUUUACUUGUGGAAAGAGCUCUAGAACUGAUUGCAUAAAAUGUCUCCAGUGGCCCAAGCUCGAUUAUUAGCACUUCAAAAUGCAGUUUAUUAUGUGUAAUCUGCAAUCUUUAGGAGUUUGGAUUUUGAAAGAGGGGAAAAUUUUAUCUGUUUGCACUGCUGCAUCCGCAUAAAACCGAAACUCAUCCACGUUAAAUAAAAUAAAGGUGUCAAAUCUUAAACCGCGUAUAAUCGAAACCGCCUAAAAUAAACCCGAGUAAAACGAGGGUCGUCUUUUGUAUAUCAUCAAUUUAUAUGAAAUAUUAAGAAAUUAGCAAAACUGAAAUGCUCUUUUCAUAAUUAAUUCCUCUAAAUCCCACAGUAAUUUGUUGUAAGGCAAACUUUUGAUUAGUAUUUUAUAAUAACUUUUGUACAGCAUGAAACUUUUUUUAAUUCUAUUCAAGUGCCAAUGUAAAAAAAAAAUCAAUUAGAAAUAGUAUGCAAAGUUGAGAUAGCGUAUAGUAAAAUCCUGUUAAACUGUGCCUUUUUAUACAUCAUGUCCCCCAACCAUUUAGAAAUUUUGUUCUUUUUUGUUACAGGUACUGCACUCGUUUUAAUGGCACUUGCGACUUGUUUAUGUUCUAAACUGGCGAAAACAGAGAAAUUUCAUUUAGGUCCCCACCACGUUUGAAAUUUAUGUUGAUGAAGUUUUUAAUGUGUUGCUUUAUUUCGCUCACAGAUUAUUUUGAUAGAACAUUUCAUGUUAUUUAAUGACCAGAUUAUUUUGCUUUUUUAUGGAUUAAUUUUAUUAUUAGCUGGCUUAUUUUUCAUCUUAAUGGAAGUUUUAGUCUUGUUUAAUGGCUUCUUUUGUUUAAAAUUCCAUUAAAAAGAAUAAAUAGUCCUUGGUGUUACCAAACAAAAAGGUUUCUACGUAACUUUGACCAAACAUGAGGGGUAAAGUGUAAUGAAAAACCAAAAUUGGAAAUGUGCCAAGUGCAGUACCUAUGACGGAAAAAAAGUAGCAGAACUGUUCUUCUUAAUAUUGUUUUCUUUCCAGUCCAGUGAUGUGUAACUUCUUUUAAAAUGCUCUUUAUUUGUGCAUUCCAAACUCUUUAUAUUUCAGGGAAAUAAAUGCAUGUGACCCCCCUCAAGUUUUACAGUAUUAAUGACUAAAAGGUUUUUGUGAAGUACUUUUCCCUCCAUCUAAAGCUGCCCCUUUUACCCCUUUGUCCUUGCUAGUGGUUUCUGCUCAGGCUAUUGUUAAUAAGUCUUCUAUGAUAUUAUUUUCAUAUUUAUCUCAAAUCUAUUCUAGUGUAAUCUAUACAGUGAAUAGUUUGCAGAGUAAGUUUUUGUAUUGUUAACAUUCAUUUACGCCAGUUUCAAUGCAGCUACUGUAACAAACAAAUCUGCAACAGCACAAAAUCUUUUUAAAGCAAAAUUUCUUAAUUUUUCAAAAACAAUUUGCUUGAAGAUAAGGGUUCAUAUAUGUUUUGCAUUUUUUGACUAUAUUUUGUGAUGGAGCAUCUUGUAGCCUUUGAAGAGGGGAUAAUGCUCAUUAGCUAGAUAAUUCAGGAGUUUACUUUCAAAACGGAUUAUAUCCAGUUUUAUAUUAUUUUGGCAAAACGAAAAAAAAACGUUUUCGAACAAACACUAACGAAGUUUCAAAUUUUUCAGUGUUUUGAUAGAAUAACAAG